AUGUUGUUUAACAAACUACUCAAGUUUUUGAGUAAUCAAACUUCUUUAUCAACAUUGAAGUUCUAUUUUUCCACAUUUCCUUUCCAACUCUUCACCCACAACGUGGACAAGAACUGCAUGUUUCUCCUUUGCAAUGGUCUCCUUGUUUUUGUUGGUAUCACUAAAUCUCUCUCCGGGUCUAGAUCUGAUGAUAAGCCUUCUACCUUUAUUAAAGAUGACGGUUCACCAUCUCAGUUCUCAGUUAUUGAGGCCAACGAGUUAAUGUUGGAGAUAACUGAAACGGAGGAAGAAACUAGUGAGCUUGUUGAACAGAACACUGCAGCAGAGAAAGUAAUAGAAGCAGAAAACUGUGCUGAAGAAGAAGUACAAGAAAACAUAGAGAAGGUAAUUGUGGUAGAUGAAGGACAAGAAAAAGGAAGUAGCCUAGUUUUGAAAGAAGAGGAGAAGGAGCUAGAUGAAGAAACUGAACAAUUGGAUGUAGGUGAUGUAGAGGAAGAUAAAAGGUCAGAAAUUGAUCACCUUCUGACUGAAGAGAGCAUGGAAGAGGAGGAAGAAAAUGUAGAGGAAGAAAGCAGUAAGUUGAGCACGGAGGAGUUGAACAAAAAAUUUGAAGAUUUCAUUAGAAGGAUGAAGGAAGAUCUAAGAAUUGAAGCUCAACGACAAUUAGUCAUGAUUGAAGUUCGUGCGGAUAGGUAUCUCAAUGAUUGCAUGCAACCAACAUACGACGGCACUAUGAAAGUGAAGAUUCAUAGAUUUAAAAUCGGAGUGGCCCAGGAAAUAUCAAUAAUUGAGGCACAUUUCUUUCAGGUUCAAAGAACUGAUAAAGAAUAA